AUGUCCCCUUCGUCGGGCGAAAUGAGUAGUGCUGGCGCUAUGUUGGUCGAUCUCGCCAGCAGAGAUUCUCAUCGCGGUCGCAGAGGGAUCUUUGACGAAGAGAGGGUCAUGUUCGAGGAAUGUUUUGCAAGAGGCCAGGGAGACCCGAGAUUUACGGCGUAUCAUGUUGAGGCUGUACGACAGGCUGUGAAGGCGUUGAAUUAUGAAAGGGGAGAAAUAUUGCUGUCGAAGGAUUACACCCACAAGCUGCUAUGCGCUCACCCGGACAUUUUGCAUAUUGCAUUGCGCAUAGAGGACCAUGCUACGGCCCGAGAUGAGACCAUCCCUCUAAAGAUGCUUCCUUUGCUGAUCAAACACGGAGCCCAAGUCAACGCCGUCGCCUCAAGCGGCGUUACGGCAUUGUACUUGACAUGCGACAAUGGCUUCAAAGAGUCCUUCCGGUUCCUCAUCGAGGCAGGCGCUGAUUGCACAACCUUACAUCGUCCAAGACCGCCACAACAACUGGACGAUGAAGCUAUGUCAGAAGCUGUUGAGGCAAAGCCGGAGCUCAAUCUACUGCAGGUUGCCCUGAGAGCUCGAUUAGAGAAUGAAGGUCGUGGUUCAGCCAAUUCUGGAUAUUAUACGCCUCUAGAGGAGCAGUGGGCCACUAUCAUUGAGCACCUGUUUGCCGCGGGAUUGAAAACUGCGAAUGAUGAUCCAUCCUUGGUCAAAUUCCUACACGUUGCGUGUCACCAGGGAAGAGUAAAGUAUGUUGAAUCGGUUCUACGUCAUGGAGUCGACGUUCACGCAAAGGCAGCAAGAGUCGACGACCGAGAUACUGUCUAUGGCUCGGCCUUGCAUGCUGCAGCUGCUGGCGGCCACAGGGACAUUGUGCUCCGGCUCUUGCAGUACGGCGCCGACCCACGAACAGCCCGGUUGCAACAGUACAUGAAACCAUAUCACGACGAUGAGAUCCUGACGCCCAUCGCCGCCGGCCUCCAGACCGGAGCUUACGAGUAUCGGUUAGGCUCGAGGCCAGAUGAAGUACUUGAUGCCUGCGAAUCAAUCCUUGCGGCUGGGGCCGAUCAGGCGGACCGCAAGCUCCUGAUCAAACACUCUGCCGUCAACGGAGACGUUGAAAGGGUCCGUCGCUUACUGCAACCCGGUGUUGUCAUUGAUCAGGUUCCGUUAUGCUUUAGUAUCGAUGUGAUACGGUUGUUCCUAGACCACGGAGCGGCGAUUGAUGCUGGUGAAUUCCAGAAGUAUGCAAUCAGGGAAGGACAACUCUCACUCAUGCGAUUCCUUGUCGCACGGUUUGGGCCUUUGCUCGAAGCUUCAGAAGGACUCCGAGACCUUGUUAUCGACGUUCGGCAAAACAGAAAGGACACAAGGGUCCUAGAGUACCUCGUCAGUGAUUACGGUCAUGCCACGCCUCUAACACAUUCCAUCCAUGGCGAGGUAGCAACUGCGCUGUUUGACACCAUUUGCCAGAGGCUAGGACCCACUGCCGUGCAAUCACUUCUCCGAGACGCGGGUAAGUCAUGUUGUCCUGGCGUUCAUGCUGCUGCACUGAGGACUCUGGAAUGCAUGCUGCAUAACUAUUUUCACGACAAAUACAACAUCAACGACAGAUUAACAAAAGAACAGGUGCUUUUGUAUCAACUUUUGCUCACAUAUGGUCAACAAGCUGGCGAAUUUGAACAUAUCCACCAUGACAAGUUAUGGCUGACGCCGGACAAAGUGCCACAGCAUAUAUGGGAUCAUGUCCUUUUCAUGCAGCCGAAGCAGUCUGACACCCUCACGUUUCCGCCAGAUGAUGCAAUCUCCAACUCUGACGCAUUGCUCGAGGACGAUACUGACGCACUGGGGGAGGGCGAAGACCAUGAUAUCACGGAUAGCGAGGUCCCGACGCCGCCAGAGCAAGAAAUUGUAGUCCAGCGCGAGGUCGUAUAUCCCAGUGACGAGAAGAACAGCAGGGAAGCUAUCCACCUUCCUGCGCUGUCACUGAAUGACUGCCCAGAUGCAGAAAACAAAGAACAUAUUGGCGAGAACGCAGAUCGUGAAAAGCAUGAUCAUGCAUCUGCCGGCAGUAUAGGGUUCACGCCGGAUUUGAAAGGCACUGCGCAGCUUACUUACGCUUCUACAUCAGCUUCCGAGCCGGCAGAGCAUACCGUCACUGCCCACUGUUCUCUGUGUGCAAAGAACAACCGGUUCAAAUACGACCAGCUUGAUGGAUAUUAUGCUAUACGCCUGAUGAUCAUCGAGCCUUCUAGGGAUGCCGACGCAUCUCUUGAAUGUCAACUACUGUCUACGGAUCUUGGACAACAUCCACCUUACGAAGCUCUUUCCUACGUCUGGGGUGAUCUGGAAGACACGAUUGAAAUCUCACUUCAGGGCAUCGGCUUCGUGGUGACGAAAAAUCUUGGGACCGCUCUACGACGGCUGCGUCUCCCAGACAAGGAGAGAAAGCUCUGGGUAGAUGCUAUUUGUAUCAACCAAAAUUUCAUCAGUGAGCGGAAUCAACAGGUACGCAUCAUGAGAGAAAUAUACCAAAGGGCACAACAAGUCCUCAUAUGGGUCGGCGACGAAGGAGACGGCUCUCACCUCAUAUUUGAGCAUAUCAAGGGGUGGAAAACGUACCGGGAUGACUACAAAGCUGGCAGAACGAGAAGGAAUAACCCGUGGGGAGAGGCGCAUCUGAACAUGCCUCAUUACACUGGCCUGGCACAACAAGCAUUCGAGAAAUUCUGCCGUCGACCAUACUUCUUCAGAACAUGGGUGAUCCAAGAAGUGGCUGUCAGUAAGGGGGCAGUUGUCAUAUGCGGCCGAGACCAGGAAGAGUUGGACAUGAUUGCAAGGGGGACUGCUUUCAGGAUGGGCAACAUUUAUGACCCUUUUCGAGGUGUGGAUGUUAUCACUCACGUAAGUUGUCCUUGUCCACAAUACACGUAUCAGGCAACUUCCACGCAACGCCAUCAGAAAUUGUCUGGGCUGAUGCCAGUCUUUGUUGACACUUCAUUAUAUUCUCUAAUUGACCGGGUAUCAAUGUUGAUGCGUUUGCAGUUCCACGAAUUACGAGGUCUUGGGCAAAGCACUAAUCUCAAAACCAUUCUGCAAUACAGUCGGUUUUGCAAUGCUAGUGACCCACGCGACAGAGUUUACGGUCUCUUGGGGCUCUUCUUACGCCCGCUCAUCACCGUGGACUACGAGUUCGAUGUCAGAACAGUGUUUCAGAAUUUCACGGAGGCCAUCAUCAAUGAAGAGGGUGAUCUGCAAUUUUACUCCUGGUUUGGCGUCUCAUCAGGACACGUUGGAGGACUGCCGUCCUGGGUCCCGGACUAUACCGCUGCAGACCCUUCCGGGAUAUUACCUCGCGUAUUCCACCACACAUACGGGGUGACCGCAGCGAGCAACUCGCUUCGAAAGGUCCUGCCAGGCAUGCGCUUUGAUGGGUCCAGGGUCCAUCUCAAGGGCAGCCACUUGGACACUGUGCUGCACAUUGGCAGUGUGCUGAGCGUGUAUCCAAGCAAUAUCCCAGACAGUCCUUCGUUCCGGAGCACUAUUCACGAGUGGGAGGAGAUAGCUGCCAGAGUAGCCGAAAGAAAGCGCUACCGCAGGCCUGUAGCGGAAAUGUUUCUGAAAACGCUGACAGCAGGACAAUCAGCGUCCAUAAUGUGGUACAACAAACUUGGCAGCGGUACUCUGCGCAAUCUCGAGGAAGAUUACUUCACCGAUUUUGAUGUACUUCGAGCAUGGCAACGCAGGUCCGAAAGCAGUGGGAGUUCCAAGGAUGAAAUAGAAUUCGGUCAUUUCGCCAGGGAGUUGAACGAGACGUGCUACGGGAGGAGAUUCUUCGUCACGGAAAAGGGGUCUAUGGGUCUGGCGCCGCCGGGAGCUGAAGAAGGCGACAUGGUUGUGUUUUUUUCGGGCGCGCUAUACCCAUUCGUGCUUCGAUGCUUGGGGGAUGGGAGUUUCGCCAUAAUGGGAGACUGCUAUCUCUAUGAGCCGAGAGAGAAUGGUGCUGGAAAAUGCGAAGAUUUCAACGAGCACGAGUUUUACGCGGACGACAUCUACCGUGAUGUGACGGAGUGGAUUAUACGAUGA